UGUGCUUGAUGACCACAGCAGAAAAGAUGCAAAGUAAUUCUCCACUCCUGCGAACAGUACAAGAGAUAAAGAGCAAUGUAACGGAGCUUCGAACCUUGAUGAAGACAAAACCUGUGGAGAAUAACAGCAUCACAUCAUCACUCACAACAGCAUUGGCUGCAAUCAGACGAAUGGAAGAAAAAGUGAAGCUGCUAGAACGAAAAAUGGACGAACAAACAUUGAUGAUAGUUAAACUACAAACACAGAUGGGCAGCAGCAAUGGUACAAUAUCUGGAGUAGUAGGACCACCAGGUCCCAGGGGCCCAGAGGGACCUCGUGGACUAACUGGACCUGAAGGUCCCCCAGGUAGAGAUGGGACACAGGGACCUGCAGGAGCAAGAGGAAUCCAAGGCCCUAAAGGUCAUCCAGGUUAUAACGGCACCCAAGGUAUCCCAGGAGAACCUGGUUCAGGAAACCUUACUGCGUGUGUGUAUCAAGUGGCCAAAAGUGCGGGCGCUACUGCUGGAAAUAGCGCUAAAACUGAGGUCGGCAUUCCUGAGCCUAGGGACCAGCGCAUAGUCGGAGCCACGUGUUCAACAAAUGAUGCUGAAGUAAGCAUUCUUAGUUCAGAGGUGUCCCAAGUUACAAAUAUGAGGAUCUACAAAUGCAUGUGUAGCGGUAGCUCAGGGCUAAUUCCGUCGGCCAAUACACCCAUGUACUGCUAUAUACACUAUUGGAUCUGUCCUUUGAUAUCUUGAAUACAUUCAAUUGCAAAAUGUUUGUCGGGUAGAACCAAGAGACCAAGAAGGUUUCUUGGGAGACAUUUUUUAGAACCUGAGACCGAAAGGGUAGAUGGGAAGUAAUUAAUUAGAUGACGUCAGUGAUACAACUGUGGAAUGUUCAUAAAUUGUUGCCCCAACAGAAACAGAAGGCGUUGAAACUUUUAUUCCCAUGUUUCAUAUCGACUGUGUAUCUCAAAUGAAUACAACAGAGGAUACCUAUGUCAUUUCCCAGAAUACCCUUCGUACUCAGUUUCUGUGUUCUAUGCAUGUUUUGAACAGUGAUUUUGCAAUUGAGUGUAUACGACUAGCAUUCACUUCAUAUCAAUCAUAUCCAUAACCGAUCACACUCGAUACCAUAAAGAGUUUUCACUCACGUGACAUAUUGGUGUACCAAACAAUAGAAGCUUCCUAAUCACUUUUUGAAUAAAAAUAGAAACCAAUUCCUCGAGGACUAAAGUGUAUGGUUUUGGUACACCAACAUAGUCACUGUCGUUAUGUGAAAACGCUCUAUAUGAAUGCGGAAAGGCGGAUUAUGGAUGUUGAAUCUUAAAGUAAUACUUAGACCAGUCGUCGUCGCGACAAAUUAGGUGAACGUCAAUCAAGGCGUUUCCAUACCGCUGUCCGAAACACAAAGGUUUAAAGGGUCGGUUCUUAUAGAAUGUCAUGGAAACACCUUAAUAGAUGUUUAUGAAAGCCUACUUCCUCGCGACGAAGAUAUAUAACGAAACCGCGAUUU